CGUGUACGCGUAAAUUUUCCUCAUUGCUUAUAUUAUUUAAGAGAAAUUAUUUGUUCAACAAGUUUUACAACACAGUGAUACGAAGCAUCUUCGAAAUGUACAAAAUAAUAUCCACAGACGGAACAAGAGAAUAAAAAGACGUUUCAAAUAUAUUGUAAUUAGACGAGAGUACAGAAGAGUGACACGAAUCGAAAGUAAAGCCAACGACAACUAGAAAUUAGAAAUAAUGUUGCACAGCACCGACUAUCAACGGUACAAGCAAAAGUUGGAGCGUCUGCAAAACAAAGUGAAAAAGAGUGAGAAUGCUCGAAAGGAAUUGGAAAUUAAAUUUCAAAGAUUGAUGAAAGAGCGCAAUGAAUGCGAAAAGUCGGCAUCUAUUCAUAAAUCACGAUAUGAUACAUUGUUAGAGCAUGAGCGUAAACGAUUGAAUCGCAACGAAGAACUAAUGCAAAUGCUGGAGGAGGUUCAAUCCAAGGCAGCUGUUAUGGCAACAAACACAGAACGGUUAAAAAGGUUGAAGACGCAACAAGAGCGAAUCGUUAUAAAUAAUUGGCGACGAAAUGCGUAUUUCCAUCAACAUUUAAUGUAUCCAAAUGUGUUGUACUCGAAUGUUACGCGUUGUUUACCAGCACCGUCAUAUGAAUAUCACCAUGAUCGUAUUAUCAAUUGUACGAGUGGUGACAACUCGCGACCAUUGAUAUGCAAUAGACCGACAUAUUUUGCUGAUGUGCAAGAGCCAGUUUAUCACAAAUCCAAUGAUGAUGAUAAAUCAAUGAGUACAUUAGCGGCGACAACAACGUCAACAAUACAACCAUCGAAUCUAACGCAACCAAUAGCAAACGUUGUAAAGGAAAUACCAUAUCCAAUUUUACCUUUAAUGCCAAUUUUCCAAAAUGAUACAAAUGCACCAUUAUUCAGCGAACUGUUCCAUUUGUCGAGUGGUAAUCUACCUCAUGUUCGAAAUUUUGAAAAUCAACCACUCAUCCAUCAACAGCAACAGCAACAUCAACAGCAACAGCAACAACAAAUGACAACGGCACCGACUCAAACCAUAUUUGAUAACAAACAGACACUCCAUGUUAAAGAGUUGCCAAGUAAUAAUAAUCCAUCGAGAAACGAACACAUUGGCUAUCUUUUGAAUUCAAGUAUAAAUGAUUCAAUCAAUUCGCAUUCAAUAUGCGACGGAUUAAAUCGUAGCAAAUAUUUGGACAGUACGAUUGCAUCACGAUCAAACUAUGCGUCUGCAAUGCCACAACAUGAAAUGGCACAUGAUUUUUCGCUAACUAAAUUUGCAAACGAUGCACGGCAAUCGCAACAGUUUGAUGAAAUUCCACAAAAAUUUACAAACAGUCAAUCUUAUUCUUCCAUUGAAUAUGCAAAUCAACCACAUAAUUCGUAUUAUUCAAGCGCCAAAAAUCAGUUUUCAUUCGUUGAUGAUUCGGGUGUCUGUCAAAAAGCAGCACAACCAUUAAAUUCGAGUAUUGGCGCCAAUUUAUUGACCUUGCCACAUCAACUGAAUGAAGUAAUACCAAAUUAUGCGUCUUCAUACAAUCAACAAUUGCGAAAUCGAACGCAUGAACUAUCAAUUUAUGAUACAAACACAAGAAAUGGGCGCACGGAUGAAAUCAAUCCAAGCGAAAGCGGUGCCAUUGAUAGAAAUUUUGAUGAAAAACGAACAACCGACACGAUAAACAUACCCUGGAAAAGUAAUACUGUUAAUGAUGAGUAUUCAUUUGAAAAGAAGCUUGAUGAUUACACCAUCUUGCCACGUGUUGAAUCAAUCGACCCAAGAAAAUCGAUGAACACUUCUUGUUUGGCAGAUGUUGAUAAUUUAUCAUCUUUGGCACGUUUGCCGUCAACAAAUAUAAGUAAUAAUUUUUCAUCGAACGAUAUUACGCAAUCUGUUAUAACAUCGAAAUCGAAUAAAAUGCCAAAUGAUGAAAAACAGUAUGAUUACGUUAGCACCAAAGAUGAUAAAUACUAUCAAAAUCCAUCGAUUAAUAAAACCACUACCAACACUAUUGCUCCCACACAAACGACAACUCAAUUGGCCGAACGAACGCUCUUUUCCAUUUCAAGUGACAACCAGGAAAAACCCACACGAGUUUGUGAUAAACGACGGUCCAGCAUCGAUGUUCCAGCCGACGAUGAUAGAGAAUUGGAAAAAAAAUCAAAUGCAGCAAAUGUACGUCGUCGAUAUAGUGUAGCAGCUAAUUUACUUGAUUUACAAAAAAAUAUUACAAACAUUGAACCAUUUUAUCUGCAAUCUUCACCAAACAUCGAUUAUCGUGACGAUCCAGUGAAUGUAACACCUGAUAAUAAUCGAAAUAAUUUUGAAACAACAUCGUUCAAUACAAAUAGUUUGGCUGUUGGUAGUGGUCAAGAAAAUAAACGAAACUCAGUGGACGAUAGUGAUCGAACAGCUGCAAUAUCAACGGUUAAAAUAGAAGAUGUUUCAGAAAAUGACGAUGUUGUUGUUGGCUAUAAUGAACCGCAAAUAUCAUCAUCGAAUAUGGCAGCAUCUCCUGUUGAGACUAUGCAUGACAAUGAGUAUGGCCAUAUUGAUAGUGGUGAUGUGAAUCAGAGUGAUAUCAGUCCAUAUUAUGCGGACGAUAAUAAUGCACCAUAUUCCACGUACGAAACAAAUGACCAAACUUUUGUCGAAAAUGCAUUUGAAAAUCUUCAUUUGAACGAUGUGGUCGAACCACCGAUGAAUGAAGUGCAAUUGAAACAAUUCGAUGAUGGAACCGAUAAAAUUCGUGCUCCCGGAACGCACAGCAAAACCGUAACAUGGGCCGAUGAUCCUCAUAACAACUAUAAGAAAGACGAACAAGCACAAUUCUAUGAGACCCCGAAUUCAAUAAAUGUUGAAGCAAGCAAUGAUGUAUAUUACACAGGCAACACAGAAGAAUCGCAACAAUUUCAAAACGAAUAUUCACCGCAAGCAAAUAUUCAGCAAAGCAUUGAACCAAAUGAUGUUCACUAUCAAUACGAUGGCAAUCAAUAUCAAGCUGAAACGGAUGCCAACCGAAAUUUGUACGGCAAUGAAGAAUACUAUUAUCCAGAACAAAUGAAUCAGUACGAACAAUAUGAAGCUCAACAACAACAACAACAACAACAACAACCCCCACCACCACCACAUCAACAGCAGGAACAACAACAGCAAGAGGAUCUACAAUACUAUGCAAAUGAUGUGAUUGGAAACGAUGGAAGUUCAAUGAGCCGCUUACCUGCUGAUGGUUAUCAGGAAUAUCAAAUGGAAUCAACGUUACAAGCACAUCCAAAACACGAUGAUGAAUACUAUACGGUUUCACCAGGAGAAAAUUAUUAUACAUCCGAAUACGAUGGUGUCGAUCAAAAUCAAGCCUACUCGACAAAUGUCAAUUUUGAUAAUUCACAUGAGAUGCCCACUUCAAGUUCGGUUGGCAUUGAACAAAAUAAUCAAGAAUCACUACUACAACAGCAGCAACAACAACAACAACAACAAUCGAUUGAAUAUUCAGCAAACAAUGAACCAACUACCGUCGAUACCGUCACCGCUGCUGAUAUUCGAAUUCCAAACUAUUUGCAAAGUGACACCGAUGACAGUGGCAGUCAACCAGGCUACCAGAACAAUUUAAGCAAUAAAAUCCAACAAGACAGUGAUUUUGAUUUUUCCACAAAUUCCGAAGUGAAUUAAAGAAUUUAUAUUUAUACUCAAUCUAUUUUAAUAGCCAAAAUAUGUGACCGCAACAUUCUCAAUAUGCAAAAAUGUCUUACAAAGUUUCUAUUAAAUUGAAUUGGUUAAAAUGUUUAAUGUUAAAGCAAUAAAAUUAGCUCUUUUCAUUGAUGAUAUUGAUGAAAAUGCACAUGCACCAUAUAAUAAAUCGAAUGAAUAGCUCUGUCGUGUUAUGUUGUCGGUUUUCUCAUUCUCUGUGUGUGUUUUCCAUUUCUCUUGGCUUACCAUAUAGGAAUGUCAUGCGCACAUAUUAUACAUUUAUAUCAUUUUUGCAUGGUCGCAUUAGACUUCUUACGUCUAAUAGGUCAAAAUUGUAAAUGUUAAACCACGAACAAUAUUAAUUGCAAUAGAAUGUCUUUUUUUGACUUAUGUUUCAUUCUUCCUUUUUUCCAUUCUAUAUCAGUUUUGGAAAUGUCCUCUACAAAAAUGUAUACCGUU